AUGGCUCUGAAAAACCCCGAGGGCGGCUCGGCCGACGUGCUUGAGUUGGAAGACAAGUUGGCACGUGUGCGCUCGCAGCUCACGUCCAAGUUGGACAACCAGAAAAACCUCGCUCUCAUUUUGACGGCGGUGGAAGAAAAUAUCGACGAACAAAAGAAUCCCAGAACGCCAGUGGCGUACUUUGUGUCUUUCCUUUCGUUGUUGGAGCAGUCUGUGGUGGAGGACUCCGUUGCCGAUGCCGGCGUGGCUGCUGCUGCCGCCUACUUUUUGGACUUGGUGCUCCCGUUCACGCCAGCUCCGCUUUUGAAACAGAAAUUCGGCCCCAUUUUGACCAAGUUGGCGCCGGUCUUGACCAGCUCAGAUGCAGAGGCGGCGCUUGUGCGCUCGUCCAUUGGCGCGUUGGAAAGCUUGUUGUUGGCCCAGGACCACCAGCAGUGGUCGUCGUCCGGCAAUGUCUCGCCCAAGAGAGCCUUGGUGGGAAUGUUGGAGUUGUCCUUUGAUCCUAGACCCAAGGUGCGCAAGCGGGCACAGGAGUCCAUCAAGAACGUGUUAUCCAACCCUCCGGCUUCCCCCUCGCCUGUCCAUGUGGCCGCAGCCAUGUGCGGCGAGUUGUCUUUGCAAAGAUUGGUGACUUUGGUGCAAGAUGCGCCCAAAAGCAAAAAGGGCUCGAGCAAAGAGUCUGUACUGGCCAUUGUCCACGCAUUGCAGUUGAUUCUGGCCAUCACUUCGGCCAACGCCUGGCCUCCAGCGCAAGUGGAGGCGCUUUGCGACGUUUUACUCGAAGUGUCGAGAACCUCUGACCAAUACUUGGUGGCCGCAGCCUUUUCGGCCUUUGACGGCUUGUUCUCGUCCAUGUCCCACGACAUUGACGUGGAAAAAUUCACCCGUGUGUUGGACAUCAUUUUUGACUUGAAGCCGCCUGUGGACGAUGCCCAUUUGGCCGCAUCGUGGCUUGCUGUGGUGGCCAACGGUCUCCAGUCCUUUGCCCGCUUGCUGCCAGAAACUUGUGUGGCGAAAAUCUCCAGUAUUGUCCCCACAGUGGCUGAGUUUCUCGUUGCCGAGUCCAAAGACAUUUACGUUUCUGCAUCGCAAUGCUUGAUUGCUAUAGUAACAGAGUGCAUUCCCGACAACUUUUUGCUCCAGCCAACAAGCACUAACGGCGUUACCGUUGAAAUCUACGAGACCGUGGACGAGACCGUGACGUUCCUAGCCGAAUUCAUUGAGAAGGAGUUGUUUUCUAUCAAGUACCAGCAUGCCACCAAAGAGAUUUUGGAGUUGGCCACCGCGUCUGUGCUCAAGUUGAGAACCCGUGCAAACCCGGACUUUAUUCCUAUUGUGGAGACCGUGGGCCAGUGGCGUUCGAACGAGGAAUCAAACUUUCCUCACAACAAAGAGGCCGAAGACUUGAUUGCUGCGUGUAUUUCGACCAUGGGUCCAGAAGUUGUGUUGGGAGUUCUUCCGCUCAACUUGACCGGAGCGAAGUCUAACGAACCAGGAAGAGCAUGGUUGCUUCCGAUUUUGCGUGACAAUGUGCGUUUUGCCUCGUUGGAGUAUUACAAGCAGAACAUCUUGCCGCUUACGGACUUUUUCUCUGCCAAAAUAGCGGCAGCGCAAAACAAAGAGUCCAUGCACAUCAAGAUCUUCGAAACCAUCCUUGACCAAGUGUGGUCGUUGCUUCCGCACUUCUGUGAUUUGCCCACUGAUUUGCCCACAGCAUUUUCCGAUGAGUUUGCAUCUUCAUUGGCUGAGUUGCUCUACCAAAAGGUGGAUUUGCGUGUGACAAUUUGCCAUGCUUUGCGUUUGUUGGUGGAAUCCAACUUGGCUUACAGCGAAGGCGCUUUGGCAGACGACUUGUUGACUCAGCAAGAAAUGCCAGUCUCGCAAGCAAAAGACAACUUGGCUUAUCUUUCGACCAAAGCGGCCAAUCUUUUGUCUGUGUUGUUCAACGUUUUCUCCUCGACUUUGCCCGAUUCGCGUGGCUUUGUUCUCGAGACCAUCGACACAUACUUGCAGAUUAUUCCGAAAGCCGAUUUGGAAACUACUUUCAACAAAGUUUGUGGCUUGUUGAAACAGGCCUUGGACGACGAGGCUGCAGCAGCAGACAAACCGGGCAAGAACCAGAACAAGAAACAGCCGCCACAACUCAGCGUCACAAUGAUGGAUCUUGUGGUGGCCAUGGCCAAAUAUGUUCCCGAAUCAUCGUACAAUGCGCUUUUCUCCAUCUUCUCUUCCACUGUGGCCAUGGACAAGAACGCUUUGAUGCAAAAGAGAGCAUACAGAAUCAUCUCCAAGUUGAGCGAAAGCGAGCUGGGAGAACAGGCCAUUCGUCGUUUCAUUGGUGACAUUGAAAACGUGUUUGUCCAGUCGACCGGAGCUACUUGCACGUCUGCUCGUGCAGCCCGUUUAACUGCUUUGCAAAGCGUGGUGAAGCUUUUGCCCCCUACCGACUUGCAUUUCAUUCCUUCUGUGUUGCUGGAGGUGAUUAUGUCUACAAAAGAUGUCAAUGAGAGAUCGCGUGAAGCGUCGUAUGCUCUUUUGAUCCAAAUGGGCUCGAAAAUGGCCGAGGGCGGAGUUGUUGAAAACAAUAAAGUGCCAGGCUUCGAUCCACAAGCCGAGGCUUCUGAAGCAUCCUUGACUACUUUCUUCACCAUGGUCAGUGCCGGUUUGGCUGCUCAGUCGCAGCACAUGAUUUCUGCUACCAUCACGGCCAUUUCUUGUCUCGUUUACGAGUUCAAGGACCAAUUGCCGCAAGAUGUGUUGAUCGAACUUGCUUCCACAGUCGAGUUGUUCUUGACUCACAACUCGAAGGAAAUUGCCAAGUCGGCCAUUGGUUUUGUCAAGGUUGAGGUUUUGUCUUUGCCUGAGGAUCUUGUGCGGGCCAACUUGGGCGAAUUGUUGACCAAGUUGAUGAAAUGGUCGCACGAGCACCGCGGUCACUUCAAGUCUAAGGUCAAGCACAUUUUGGAGCGUUUAAUUCGGAAAUUCGGCGUCGAGGCUGUGGAACAGGCUAUUCCAGAAGAGGACAGAAAAUUGGUGGCAAACAUCAAGAAGUCCAGGGCCAGAGCCAAGCGGAAGGAUGCUGCUGGAGAUGCGGAAGCUGAAGGUAAGCAAGAGAAGAAGUUCAUGUCUGCUUACGAGGAGGCCGUUUACGACUCGGACUCAGAUGCUUCUGAGGACGAAGAAAAGAAACCAGAAAAGUCAAGAAGAAAGAAGGGCGAGGACAAGUACAUUUUGGACACGGGAGAUGAGCCUUUGAACUUGUUGGACAGACAAACCUUGGCACACAUUUCGUCAUCGAAACCGAAAAAGUUCUCCAAGAAGGACAUGGAAAGACACAAUGUGGAAACGAAGAACGGCAAGAUCGUCUUCAAAGACAUGGUGGGUAAGAACGACGAUCCGUUGGCCAAUAAAUCCUCCGGCAUUGAUGCCUAUUUGGAUGCCGUGAAGCAAGCACCAGUGAGAGGCCAAAAGAACAAGUUGAAGUUCAAAAAGACCAAAGACGAGGACAACUGGUCCGAUUCAGAGGACGAGGCUCCAAAGAGAAAGGCAGCGAUUAAGGAACUGGCCAGGGGUAGAGUGGGCAAGCCCAAGCAGAAGUUCAAGGCCCGGAAAAAGCUUUGA